CCUUAAGGCAGUGUCAUCAUCAUCGGUUAUCUUUCUAACCUCAUUUCAUUAUAUGUUUAUUUUUAAAUAUUUUUUUUUUUUUUUAAAUAGGAAGAAAAAAUUUACAAUGUAACUGACAUAUUUUUUUGAAUUUAUAAAUUCUUGAUAAGAAAAGUACGAAUGUUGACUGAGGUUUCAAGUACGUGAAAUAUUUUUAAGGACUCUGUCGAUGGGGAAUCAUCGCAUCAACAGGUUGACCUGGACAAUUUAAGGACAGGAUAUAAAUUUAAAAAAUGGCUAAUCCAGGAGGUUUUCUUGCACAUUUUAUAAAACUUAUUACUACAAUAAUAUGUUUAAGAUAUAUUGAUGAUACAAAUUCUAUUAUAAUUACCCGAGCCUUCCAAAUAUUUAUCAUCCAUUCAAUUUUAGGGAUGUUUAGAUUUGGUAGUACAGCAAGUCUAAUUGGCAAGAGAAGUUUCAGAGAAUUUUAUGAACGGAUAUCAAAUAUAGUUGAGAUAAUACCUUUUGCCUUUUUUUCAACCGAAAUCUCACGACUCAGUGACGUCGAUCAAUUAUUAAGACAGUCAUUGCUUCUAGUACUUAUUUUAUUGCCGAUUGUCCAUGAGAUGGUGCCGAGAAAAGAGCGAUCGAAAAUGCGAGUGUUGAUAAAUCACUCGAUAAAUUUACAACUUAUUAUUAUAACAUUAGCUUGUAUACAAAAAGGCUCUUUUGGCGUUAUAACAUUUGUGUUGUCUUAUAUAUUCAAUCGUUAUUACGCAGAAUCUUUUUGUGACUGGUAUGAUGUGCCAUAUGAAGACUUAAUUCAGUACAGUCUCUGCUUUGUUGAGAUUUUUUCACUGACUACUUUAAAAGAAUUGUAAAAAUAAUUAUGAUGACAAAAUAUCCGUGCCCAUAUUAUUUGGUAUGGAUAAAUAUGUGAUAUAAUGUACGGAUAAAUUAUUUUUUUUAAAAGUUUUAAUUCAAUUUUAUAAAAUCAAUCAAUUUUUGGUUGAUUCUUCUGACAGAAUAAAUCAGGAUUUGAUUAUUUUUAUGAAGUUGAAUCCAAACUUCUAAAGGGGAAACUGGUCUGAGAUUUAAAAAAAAGACGAUAUUUUCGUGAUUUCUUUUUUAAGAGUACCUUCUUCAUUAAAAUUCUCAAAAUUUGUGACAUUAUUAAGCAUCAUUCGAAGAAUAUUCUGCUAAAUCUUCAUAAAAAAAUAUUGAAAAAUGAGCCAGUGGUAGUGGGGAGAGCCGAGUCACAUAAAAAAAAAGUCUCCAUGCUCGGCAAGAUAAUUCAUGACUGCCUCAUCUGAAAUCAAAAAACCAAAAAGAUUUCUUUAGUACAUGAGUUUAUUUUGGAUUUGAACGAAGGAAUAAACAAAAUAUUCAUUUUUGAAUAUUUGGUAAAGGUGCAAUCAAAAAACUCUGAUUUUUGCCAAAAGUUGUUUCUUUUGUUUAAUUAAAAAACUAGUAGUUAUUAAAAAAAAAAAGUCCUUCGUUCAAAUCUAAGAUAAACUUAUGUACCAAAGAAAUCUUUUUGGUUUUUUGAUUUCAGAUGAGGCAGUCAUAAGUUAUCCUGCCUAGCAUGGAGACUUUUUUUUUAGGAGACUCGUCUCUCCCUACUACCACUGGCUUAUUUUUUAAUAUUUUUUUAUGAAAAUUUAGCAGAAUAUUGUUGGAAUGAUGCUUAAUAAUGUCACAAAUUUUAAGAAUUUUAAUAACGAAGGUAAGAUAAAAGACCUAGCACCCGAUCACUCCAAGUAUUUUUAUAUCUAUAUUUGGUUAAAUUUAGUAAAUACAUGAGUAAUCGGGUACUGAGUCUCUUACCUUACACGGAGAAUAAUCUUGGCUCGAAACCUACCAAUUUUUAUUAUGCUGUCGACCAAACUUGAAACAGGAAUUGAAGCAUCAAAAAAAUUAUUAUGCUCAUACGAAAAAUUAUUAUACUCAUACGAAAAAUUAUUAUGCUGUAUCACAAUACUUAUUACGCGCGAAAAACUUAGUGAUAAGCUUUAAUAAAAAUUACUUUCAUAAAUUAUAAUAAUUGUGAUGCGGCAUAAUAAUUUUUUAUAAGAGCAUAAUAACUUUUUGGAUGCUUUACUUCCUGUUUCAAGUUUGGUCGGCAGCAUAAUAAAAAUUGCUAGGUUUCAAGCCAACAUUUUCCUUCGUGUACUCUGAAAACAAAAAAAUUAUAAAAAUAUCCUCUUUUUUUUUGUAUCUUAGACCAGCAUCUUCCCCCCUAAAAUAAAGGAAUUGCGGAUAUUUUGUCGUGGAUAUUUUGUGAUGUAAUCAAAUGAUCAACCAAAAUAACUUUAUCUUCCUCUUUUCUAUCUUUAUGUAUCUAUACUUUAUUUUUUUUAAACAUUGUACCUUUUUAAAUGUAAUUACUUCUUACAUUACUUAUUGACUAUUUAUUAAAAAUACUAUAAUAUUUACAGUUACAA